AUGUGGGUGGCGAAUCCAGUGAGGAGGAAAAAAAGCAGUUGCCGCCAGUGCGCAAAACAAAAACGUGAGUUCGAAGAGAUUAUGGACAAAGUCGACCAGAUUGCGACGAACAGGAGGCAGAGGAAGAAAAAACCGACGGAGAAACUCCUCAGCUUUAUGGACAAUGCUGCUGCUGCUACAUAG